AUGAUGGAUCACUCCAUGGUACUCCUAAAUGCUCAGGUCCAAUUUCUGGAAACCAAACUAGCAAUCGUGCACAUACCAUUACACUUAUACCCUCACUUUAUCCAGCCUAUUCUACGUCUCUUGACGCUGUCGGACAGCACAGAUGAGGUGGACGGUCUCCCACGUAGGAAGUGGGCAUACCCCAACGCCUUUACCAACAUCUCGGUCACGACCAUCGAGUGUUCGGUUGUCUGCCCUCGGCCGUUGGUCGACGAGCUGUUCAGACCCUUGAUUGAGAGACUGGACGCGAAAGCAAAGCAAGCUGUUAUUAUCAGCAAUGAUGAUUUUGUCGUCAUACAAGUCGGAGGCGAAGGUAUGGAAGCCGGACAAAGAGUGCUAGACCUCACUGCACCUCUUGCGCUCGCCGGAAUUUCCAUCUUCUUCAUCACCAGCUACUACAGUGACUUCGUCCUCGUCCCCUACAACUCAAAAUCCACUGUCAUCUCUGCCUUGGAAGAACGUGGUUUCGCCUUCGAGCCCAUCUCCAACGGCCAUGGCGCAAACAUGACCAACAUCUCCUCACCUCUCCACUCCCACAACCGCAACAGCAGCUCCUCUUCCUCUCUCGACUCUCAACCUCCCGGUACACCCCCUCCAGCCACGGUCGCAGAAUGGCAAACCAAGACGUUCAGCACACUGCAUCGAAAUGACAUCUUACCGCUGGUAGACGAGACGUUAGAGCUGAGGACAUGUGCAGGCUAUCGCAGUGACAGCAACGACGUCCACGAUGCAAUCAUGUUAGGCGUAUUCAGAUGCCUACUCACAAACCCCCGCUUCAUGUCCAUCACACUGACCCAGACCGACACCGUCUCCAUCACGCUCGACCAACAACUCCUCUCCAACUUCCCCGAGUCCGGCGAAGGCAUACUACUUCAAAACGACCAGACUUAUUUCGCCAUCGUGUUUGAUCUGCGCAAGCUCCCUGAGGAAAGUACGGGUAUUAUUUGCGGUGUUGCUGGCAGGUUACUUGAAAGAUUAGGAGAUGAUGGUGGAGCGGGAGAGGGAGCGGCGUUCAAUAUGAGUUAUUUGUCCACGGCGAGGACGGGUAACGUUAUUGUGCAGGAAGAUGAGGUGCAUGAUGCUUUGGAAGCGUUGUUGGAGGAGGAGGCACUGAGUGUGGAUAGUCUUCAUCGCAUGGAUGGCAUUGAUGGUAUGAAUGGACAUUGA